CAGAACAUCUUUGUCAUUGCGCUAUUAACGGAAGCGCUUGUCGGCAGUCCCGCUCUAAAAUUAUUCCGUAUGGAAUUGAUCGCACUGCUCAAAAGUUCUGCGCAGCGAGUUAUUUUUUUGUUUUGCUCUAGCGCUUGUGCGGAACCAUUGUAAUGUCAAUAUAGCUUCCACACGGAUGUAAAAUAGGUACCAUUAACGACCAUUGAGCCACCAUCUUUGAUUGAGUUACAAAAGAUAACGUAACGACCUAACAUUUUUUUGUGCAAACUUACGAGUAAACGUGGCUAUUAUUAACAUCAUUUUCACACCUAACGUUUUCGGAUGUAACGGCAAGGAACACUCAAUAUGGAAAGACGCAUCCAUGGGGGAAAAGGUCCCCCUCUUCCUCUCCCCUCUCUGCGCCUCAUGGUCCCACCACUGCGGCUGGUCUCUGCAGCCAUCUGGCAAACAAUCCAGCAGAGACACGUGAUGGAUUAUGGGAUGCUGGAGGAAUUUGUUACCAUGGUCACAGAGAUGGUUCCAGAGCUUCUGAACCUCAGACAGAGGGCCCAACUUAUUCUGGGUCUUCGAGCACGGCUGGUCCUAGAGUUGUGUCGCUCCAAGCCGAUCUCAGACCUCCAGACCAUUCAGCCACACCUAGACAGGAUACAGACCCUCACACCUCUCUGGGGGACACAGGCGACUGAUGCAGAGGUAGGAUUAUCUGAAUCCAACUUCCUGGGGCUGGUUCAAACCCUUCUAAAAGACCCUGAUGAGAGAGAACAUUUCUUCCAGGAUGUUUUUCCUGUAGAAUUUGGUCCCAGUUAUGACGCAGCCAUACAGAAUCUCAUGUGGCAAUUUCUUUCGAGACUUGAGAAGCUACUUCCCAUGUCAAACUUCCAACAGGCUUCCUCGCUGCUCGGCGAUGUUCCCUCUGUUCUGGAGGAAUGUGUUGAGUCCGUGUCUGACCCUCAGCAGCUGAAAACCCUACUUCAGUACCACAGAGACCUUGGCCCGCUGGACAACCAUGACCCUCCAUCUUCCACCGAUGGGGACUGCAUUCUCUCAGCUCUCUGUCUUCCUCCCGUGGAACGGGUGGUGAUUGCAACAGAGGUGGAGAAAGAAGGAAAAAGUAUGGAUGUGAAAGAAAGCGAAGAGGGGAUGGAGAGCAGGUCAGAGGAAUGUGAGAAAAACAAAAGAUCCUCUGUUAGUGACGAGGAGGCAGAGGAUGCUGCCGAGUUUGCUGACCAAGUGACAGAGAGAGAUCCGGAGUAUGAAACAGUGAUGGUUAUAGGGGAAGAUGGGAUAGAGAAGCCUUUCAAACUUCUCAAAAAGCACCCCCAAAAGAAAGAGGAAACCCAUGAUCAAAAAUGCAGAACCACAGUCAAACCUGGACAAAAGAUAAGCAUAGGCGUGUCUAAAGCAAUCAUGUCCUCCAUGAUACAAAAGCCCUCAGUGGACCUACAAGGGGUUGUUAUCGCUAACGUAACACAGACCCCCAAACUCAGUCAAAAGGUUGGAAGAGCCAAAAGGUCCCUGGAGCGUAGGACAUGCAAGGUGUGUGGUAAGGUCGUCCAGCGUCCUGCAGUCUUGAGGAAACACAUGGUGACUCACACUGGUGACUGGCCCUAUCAAUGUCCCACCUGUAAGAAGAUUUACAAGACCUUGGGAAGCUUCCAGGAACAUACUGAAAAAUGUGUCUUUCCUAUUGAGGAAACGCCUGAGGAAAGUGAGCCGUCCAUAUCAGUAAUGCAAUACAAGGGUCUGAUGUUGAAGAAAAUUUUACCGCGUCCGCCAGGACAAAAAGUAGGCCAAAACGAAAAAAAACAAAAACGCAUUGUCUGCAAGACAUGUCCUGUUUGUGGGAAGACUUUAGCCACAAGCUCGAGCAUGAAGCGGCAUCAGAUUAUCCACACCGAGCCCAAAAAGUGCAGAGUGUGCGAACAGGUCUUCCCUAACCCUUCCGAACUGAAGAUCCACAUGGAGUCCCAUCCGAAGAAAGGCAUCCAUCAGUGUAGUAACUGUGAGAGGACUUUCAAGCACGAUUACAGUGUGAAGGCUCAUGAAGAGGCUUGUCUGUUUCUGAGUCGUCAACAAGGGGAGCUUGGAGAGAGCAGUGGUCUUCCAGCUACGGGGCAAACAGACCCAGGGCCAUCGGGGAGUACACACCAGCAGAGCGUGACAUGUGAAGCAGAAAUCCUACAACUCUCUGCCACUCUGAGCAAACAGAAUUCUGCCUUCACUUACAUGCAUUCCGUGGAGGGGUCAUCCGCAAGGGCCAAACGGUCUCUGGAGCGUAGGACAUGCAAGGUGUGUGGUAAGGUUGUUCAGCGUCCUGCAGUCUUGAGAAAACACAUGGUGACUCACACUGGUGACUGGCCCUAUCGAUGUCCCACCUGUAAGAAGAUUUACAAGACCUUGAGAAGCUUCCAGAAACAUAUUGAACGAUGUGUCUUUCCUAUUGAGGAAACGCCUAAGGACAGUGAGUCGUCCUCCAUCAAUGCAACCGAAUCUUCUUCCCCGGAACCCAGCGCACCUAUAGGAUCAUCCAAACGCUGUGCAAGGUGUCCUAUUUGCCAUAAAUUUAUAUUGGGAUACCUGCGAUAUCACAUUCUAUCUCACUCAGAUGAGCGCCCACAUGCUUGCCCUCGUUGUGGGUCGAAGUACAAGUUUGACUUUGUGUUGAGGAGGCACAUGAGACUGUUCUGCAAGGUGAAGAAGGGUGAACCUGUUGAAUUAGGGGAAAAGAAAGUUCAUAAGUGUAAUGAAUGUGGUAAGGAAUUCGGGCUAAAAUCCACACUGACGGCACACAAGCGCAUCCACAACCCGCUCCGCUGUGCCUAUUGCAGAAGGAUGUUCCCAGACCAAGAAACACUUGCAAUACACAAGGUAGAGCACAAACCGGUUCAAUGCACCAUGUGUGAGAAGAGCUUCAAUGUGAUAAGGUACCUCUCUAGACACUACGUCGAUGACCAUCAGUUCAGCGGUCCAUUCCGCUGCACCUACUGUGAGAGAAGCUAUGCUGAUUUAGCAGCUCUCAUCAGACACCAGAGGAUUCACACUGGCGGGGAGCCCCCAUACAAGUGCGCCCACUGUCCAAAGAAGUUCCAUUUUGAAACUGCUCUUGUGACUCACCAGAGAAAUCACACGGGAGAGAAACCAUGCCUUUGCUGGGAGUGUGGUAAGACCUUCCAAUCCAAGGGGAUUCUGAAAUCUCACAUGAAUCGUGUUCACACUCCUCAGGUGAAACGCAUCCCUUGUUCCCAGUGUAACAAAGUUUUCAGGGACAAAGGUCAAAUGAAAAUGCAUGAGAAUGUUUACCACAAAGGGGUGCGUUACCCGUGUUCCUACUGUGGUAAGGGAUUCUACAGCCCUGCCCCAUUGGCAAGACACGUGCUGAUUCACACAGGGGAGAAUCCUUAUUCCUGCACAUAUAAGGAGUGUACAAGGGUUUUCAAAUCCGCAUCUGAACUGAGGAUACACAUGAGAUACCAUACUGGAGAGCGGCCAUUCAAGUGCAAGGACUGUGGGAAGGGUUUUGUUCAAGCCCAUUAUCUCACCAUACACCGACGAAGUCAUACCGGGGAGAAGCCUUAUCCAUGUCUCACCUGUGACAAGUCCUUCGGCACCUCCCAUCAGUUGAGCAGACACAUGAAGACUCACACGGGAGAGAAGCCCUACCAAUGUAUGGAUUGCGGGAAAGCUUUCAAUCGUAGAGAUCGUUUGCGGACUCAUCAAGACAAAUGCCACCCAGCUUAUUAGUCAAUGUUCUAUAAAUGCUUGUUAUCCAACUGUAAAUUAACUGCAAUUUUUGUAGCUUAUUAUGUAGCCAGUAGCAAAUAACACUGCCUGAAUUGAACAUGCAUAAUGUUGCAUUUCAUUUUUUACUAUGGCUGUAGUGAUUAACUAAUUUCUGCAAUUAAUAAAGUACAGUCAAAUGUU